ACGGUGGUGAGCAACGGUGGUUAGCUCCUUCCGAGUCAUUCCCGAAGAAAGAGAGAAAGAGAAACGUUGACAGGUUAGAACGUCCCACGUCCUGUUGACGCGCGACACUAAUACAUCAGGUUCGAAUUGGGAUUCGGUGCCGUGAAUCCCUCGGAUUCUCGCUGCGCGAGAGAACUGUUUGGGUGACGUUUGGAUCAUCGAUCAUUGUUUAGCGCGAUUAAGGGACUUCUAGUCAGAAAGAAUAAAAACAGAGUUACCUCCCUCGCGAAACGACAAGUUGUCUACAAGGUGUGUAGUGUGUGUGGUAUCGAAAAAGGGACAAUAGGUCGCUCGUGUAUGUGCCUGAACGGGAACGAUCGAGACACCGUUAUCCGAACACGUGGUCGCGCCAAGUGUAGCAGAAACGAGGAUCUUCCGGUUGGGUGUAUCACUGAGGAUCGAUCCGAAAGUUGACGGAAUGUUCGUGCGGACGUUUCGAUAUCCCUUAUCCUCAUAGAGGAGCCGACUUGGAGAACUCGUGCACGUGGAAAGAUCGAGGAAGAAGAAGGAAGGGAAGAGUGAUCUCGAGUGUGAGGAUAGUGUGUUGUUGCCAAACGAGUGGUCUUCUGUCACCAUCCCCCGCCGUCUGGUUUCAUUCCUCUUUUCCCUAGUGUUGUCUGACUCUUUCUCUCUUUCUUUCUCUCUUUUUCCUUCUUAUCUCUAUCUUGGGCCCGCGUUGUGAGCAGGGCAAAAAUGGAAAAGUGUCACGAAUCAAAGGAAGUGCUAUCACCUUCGGCACUAUGAUUGUGAAAUGACAUAUAAGAGAUCAUUCCAAGUGGAGAGCAGGAGCAAGACCGAGUGACAGAGGCAGUGUGAUGAGCGGUUACCUCGAUAGCAUUACCUUGUCCCCGACGUUGCUGCACGACCCGAAGUAUCCUCCAGCCAUGCGGGAGAAGGACUCGAGUCCGAGAAAGAUGCCGGGCCACAUAAGCCCGAAGCAAGCCAGCAUUUAUCCCCUGAGCGUCCGCGUGCCGGAUGUCGAGGAGCUGCCGUACGAUCUAAGUCACGGUCACGGCCGUGGCCUGUCGAGCCCGACGAAUCAGCAACAGCCGCACAUGAGUCCCGCGGCCAGACCACCCCAGCCCCAUCAUCAGGACGAUGUCGACUGCGAGCCGCUCGAUCUUCGCGUCGAUCACAAGAAGGAACACCUCAGAGACGAGAAUCAGAACGAGAUCGAGGUGUUGAAUCAGAACAGUCCGGGCGGCAGUCUGCCUUAUCACACGGUGCUAUUUCCUCAGCAUCACGCGGUACACCCGUUGGUUCUGGAGGCGAUGUACAGGUCGCAUCAUCACGGCUCGCCGGUGCCCGAUCUGCCAAAGAUCCAGGUCAGAGCGCUGCCUACGAUGGUACCUCUGCCGCCCAACAGAUUCUCGUCGUCCACCAACUCCUCCCCUUCCUCCUCGCAAUUGGCGGCAAGAGCCAUCAGUCCGGCUGGCAGUCAACAUCAGCAACAGCAUCAACAGCAGAAUCAUACGCAGCAACAACAACAGCAGCAGCACCAGCAGCAACAGCAGCAACAGCCGCAACAACAGAGCUCCAGUCUGUCACCCUACUCGAUCAGUAUGCAAGCCGGUCUCAAGCCCAAGGACAGAUACUCGUGCAAAUUCUGCGGCAAGGUCUUUCCGAGAUCGGCGAAUUUAACGAGACACCUUAGAACGCACACCGGCGAGCAGCCGUACAAAUGCAAGUAUUGCGAGAGAAGUUUCAGCAUCUCGAGUAAUCUCCAGCGUCACGUCAGGAACAUCCACAACAAGGAGAAACCCUUCAAGUGUCCUCUUUGCGAGAGAUGCUUCGGUCAGCAGACCAAUCUGGAUCGGCACUUGAAGAAGCACGACGCGGACGGUCCUACGAUACUGGACGAAGUCAGAUCGAGGUAUCACGGUCAGCUUCCCAGAACCGACGAUUCCUACUUCGAGGAGAUUCGCAGUUUUAUGGGGAAGAUCACCUCGCAACGACAGGCCAUACCGUACUUCCCCGGUCUGUUGGGCCACGCCACCGACGACUUCAGAAACGACAAGCAGCAACUCCAGCUGGAGGAGAAACGGGGCGACUCGUCGUACUUUAGCGACCGGGACAAUCUCAGCUCGAGGUCGAGCAGCACGGCCAGCAGGCCGGGGAGCGUCCAGGAGGAACAGAGGGACGCGAACUCGCCGCCACUUUCGCCCGGCAAUAAUACCUGAGUCCUGGUGCGCGAUUAUGACAAUCCGAUUGUCAACUGCGAUUAGUUCACAGUUAAAAGAUGUCUGUCAUCGAUUCGCGGUUGCAGUUCAAAAAUAAGGCUAAAUUCGAGCCACUGGAACAAGAACGAAAGUUUUGGAGAGAUUGCACUUUCAAUCGCGAGAGAUUCGCUUCUAUCAAGAACUGCUACGUCCUCGCGGUAACCCUAUUAGAUUAAUCCAAAACUACAAUAAUGAAUGAAAUGAAUCUUUACAAAAAUUCUUGCGAGCCGAGAAAUAUGAAGAUGGAAUUUGAAGACAAACAAGAUGAAGGUAAAUCUUAUUUGAAAAGUCGGCGAUGAAUCUUUUGCUCAAAAUGACAAACGACAUCAGUCUUUUUAUAACACUUUUCAAUAAUUACGAAUUUAAAAAUAUAUAAAUAUACACUUUUUUUGCCGUAUAACACAACUAAACGAUUUAAAGGUAAAUUCGGAGAAGAAACUAAGAGAAGAAUUAGAAUAUGGUGCCUUAAAGAAACAUGUGCCUAAUUUGUAGGACAUACAGUCCUCGAUCCUAAAUAAUGCAGUCCAACUGGAUCGAUAAAAAAGAAUCUUAAUAUUAAAGUUAGUUAAAUGAAUAAUUAAAGUUACGCUAAAUAAUAUCGUAUUGUAAGUAAUUUUAGACUUAAACGCGUGCUUGAGAGAGCCAGAAAGUCAUAGAGAGACAGAUAAAGUCGAUAAUCCUUUGAAGAGAAACUUAUAAAGAUGAAAAAGAUAGAGAAAAUAGCUAAUAAACUUUCAAUUAGAAGGAAAAGCAUGAAUAUAUUUUUAUAGAUUUAUCAAAAUUUUGUGCUCUGAUUUCACAAAUUACAUCUAUUACGUUUACGUCUUGAAAUAUCUAGAUGUGAAUGCUUGUGUGUUACACAAAAUUCUACAUAUUAUUGAAACAAGAAAUGACACUAAAGUGAUAUUAAAAAUUAUUAGAAAUUGACAUUUCUUUCGAAUUCUUUUUACUUUAUAUAUUCAUAUUUUUUUCUCUAUAUUUCUCAAGCUCAAUAUUAAUUGUAAGAAGCAUUUUAUUUUCCGUUGCCCAAUUGUAGUAUCGUUUCACAAUGGCAUGUCUUAGGCACAAUUUGUUUACACUCGCAAUUUCUCCCUCCCUCUCUCUCUCUCUCUCUCUCUCUCUCUCUCUCUCUCUUUC